CCUACCGGUAGGCUUAAUGGCCUUGUUUGGUGACCGAACAAGACUGUCAUGAGAGUAGAAGAAGUAAUUAGUCUAUCCGUAUUUUAGCAUAGACUAUACAAUAGCCAAAAAGUCUUCCUAAAAGAAAUUGUAUGUGAUUCUAGUAGAUGUAGUAUAAGGUGCAUGUGAUAUAUAUGAUUAAUGAAGAAUAACAAGCAAGAUGGUCACAUAGUCGGAAUGGCAUUGGUGGCGUAAGGAAGGACGCUGCCAAGUUCUUGCCAAACAUAUAUUCCCUCCUCAAUUUCUGCCAAUAUUUCAUCAGAUGGUUAUUGAUGUCCCAUGGCUAUAAAAGUAACUCGUUGUCCUGGAAAUCCUCUGACCACUAUUUAUGGAGCGUGGAAGAAAUAUUAGGGCGUGGUGCAACAGCUGUUGUACACAAGGCUGUUCGAAAGGAUAAUGGCGAAGGAUGUGCUGUUAAAGUAUUUCACGAUCGCGUCACAUUCCAUCAUUCAUCAGUACCCAGGAGAGAGUUGGAUAUUGUUACAAGUCUAAAUCACAAAAAUGUCAUACGCAUCUUUGGAAUUGAUGUUGAUUCCUCAGGAAUUCAUGUGUUGGGUAUGGAGUAUUGCCGUGCAGGAAGUGUCUUUACACAACUUGAUAAACCUGAAAAUGCUUUUGGAUUUCCUGAAGAAGAAUUUCUGCGAGUCCUUAGUGAUAUUGCUCACGGCAUGCACUAUCUUAAACAAAACGGAAUCAUACAUCGCGACAUCAAACCAGGCAACAUCAUGAAAUUCAUUGAUGACGAUGGCAGGUAGGGAUGAUUUUUGUUAUAUCAUUAACACAUAGAU